GCCCAUUUCCCUUAAAAGCAAACGACAAUGCCUCGAGCCGAGCAGAACCGGUGGCAAUUGAACACGGCACGCCUAGCCGAUAUAGGCACCAUGAACAGUAUCCCCCCUGAUAUAAAGCCAGACAACUGGACUGGUACCUCACCACAUCAACCUAAGCACUUACCACCAUGAGGUCCCUCCUUGCUCUACUUGCUCUCUUGGCUCCUCUCGCCCUUGGGGCCGUGACAAUCACACGAACCUCGCAACCCCCCACAGGCUACGAAGUGACCAUCACGUACCAGAACGCCAGUGCCUCCAACGUCACCAUCUCAAGUCUCCCACACCUCACCGAUCAAUACUCCACUUCCGUUUGGGCCUGGUCCGAGUUCGAUCUCAAUGAAUACAAACCCGGCGAUUUUCCCAGUAACCCCCAAGCCGGCACCUACUAUUCCAUGAGCCAGACCAGCCCCGGGAACUUCACCUGGACGCGGCCCUUCCCCGGUGGCACAUAUCAAUACUCAUUCCUCCUCAACUGCGCCAACGCCAGCCUCUGCAACACCACCACCGGCCAGGAGAUCACUGACCCGACCAACCCCCCCUUUGAAGUGGUGUCCGGCUCCGAACUAGUGUCCACCUUCCAGGUUCCCUUUGACCCGGAGUUCCAGCACUACCCCGACCUCCCCCUCAACCAGGACUAUGCCCUCCCAUAUGGCAACGCCGCCAGCAAAGGCUCCAUCUCUAUCGGCCUCUAUCACUCUCCCGGAUCCAUCAGCCCUUCCCCGGACAUCCACGACUACGUUAUCUACCUUCCCCCCGGCUACAACACCAGCAACAUCACAGCCUACCCCCUCCUCUACCUCUCCCACGGCGGCAACGGCGCCUCAGCCGACUGGCAAAACCAGGGGUAUAUCUCGAACCUAAUGGACCGCCUCAUCGGCACCGGUGCACUCGAACCCACCGUCGUCGUAAUGCCAACGUGGUACGGUAUCCUCCCCAACACCACGAACCCCCAAGCCCUCGAACAGCGCAACUACCCAGACCCUCAAACCAUCGCCUCCCUCUACAGCACCUACCUCUUCCCCCACAUCUCCACCCACUACCGCGUCAGCAAUUCCUCCUCCCGUCGCGCCUUCGCAGGCCUCUCCCAGGGCUCUUUCGUCACCUACACCUUCUACACCAACUAUACCUCCUAUUUCGGCUACUUCGGCUUUCUCUCCGGCGGACCAGCGACGAAUGACGAGAAUGAGGCCCCGCCGUUGACUGGCUACGUUAACGCGUCGAUGUUAGCCCAGAACCCAGACCUAGGGACUCGAGGGCUGUUUCUUUCAUACGGACAGUAUGAUAUCCUCUUCCAGGACGCGAAGCGGUUCCAGGAGGCAUUGGAUGAUCUGGGCAUCCGCUACGUGUCGCGGUUUGUGCCGUUUGGGUUCCAUUUCUGGAAUACCUGGCAGGAUGCGAUCUGGCAUCUGGGGAGAGCGGCGCUGUGGAAGCCGUUGCCGUUCUCGGGGGCGACGGGGCAUGGAUUGUAGUGACAUUUCCAUGAGAUUCCUCAGCGCGAUCUAUAUAUCUAAGCAGAUACAAUGAAAUGUAGCGAGCAAACAGGCUCUGUAGGCUCAAUAAACUGUGUCUGUG